AUGCCCAGCCGCAAGACUCUAUCCCGGUGUUUCGAGAUUGCUCAAAAGAGAUUCAAAGAUGAGAUCGCAAAACCUCUGCUCACAAAAGAUCCAAAACACCGAGAAGCAAUCGAACGAUUUUUAUUCGGCAUGGAAAUCGCCGCUCUGGAGAAAACCUGCAAGGAUCUGAGAAAUAAAGCAGAAGAUAAAGCUAAUAACAACGCUGCUAAACUUUGGACGACACUAGACCAAUUGAAAGGAGCAGCUGAUGUUUUCAUGGAGUUCGCCCCAGAAAGUAUUUCAAUAGUGUGGUUUGGGAUAAGUUCCUUGAUAACGGUCGGUAGUGCAAGGGUUCAAACUAAACUCCUUAUUUGUGGGACUUGCGAUAGCAUCGCCAAUAUUAUUGGUGAUUGUGUGCGAUGGGAAGCUCGUAUGCAUUUGUCCCAGAACAGCGAAGCAUUGCCACAAUUUGAUGUCUGGGAAUCAGAAAUGCCGAAUCUUAUAUUCAGCGUUCUGGAUUUUCUUUGGGGCGCUCGCCCUCAUCUUGACGACAGUAGAAUCAAAAGAAUCGGAAGCUCUAUAAAGGACCUUUUUACAAAGGAAUUACAGCAAAAAGUGGAUUCCCUCUUGGAACAAUAUGCCGACAUUGUCAAGCUGGCGCACGCCCAUUUUGAGGAGUCCGUAUUCCAAGAAAGCCUUAAAACCGGCUUGAAACUUGACCAAAUACUCAGUGAUAUGCGAAAAUAUGUGUCAAUCAGUGCGGAUAUUAUAGACGCUAUCCAGAGGGACUCUCUCGAAGUUGAACUUAACCGUCAACAAUCCAAAUUAACUCACCCGGUGUCGUAUAAAGAUCAUUUUAAUGCUCUAAAUGACAGGAUAGAUAGAAUAAUCAGGAACCGUGGCGGGCGCCUAAUUGCAGGUUGGUUAUUCGGGGAGGAUGCCUACACUAAUUGGAAAUCCAAAGUUGAAACGCACUUUCUGUGCCUUAAGGGACCUCGUGGGCACGGUAAAUCCGCUGCUAUGAUGAGUGCUCACAGGGAAAUCAUUAGCACAACCGAUAGCACCCUGCCGCCAGUCAUAUGUCAUUUCUUUUUUAAGAAAGGGGACCAAGACAUGCAAAAUGCCCGGACUUGUGUGGAAUCAGUUCUUUACCAACUUCUCAGCAGUAACGAGUUGCAUAGCAGUAUCCCAGCCCUUAUUUCCGCAGUCGAAGCGCUUAAUCCUAGUUUUGGAACUCCAGGGCUAGGAGGAGGAGGGACUGCUGCCAGCUUUAUGACCAACAUCACCUCGAUUUGCGCAGCCAUCAGAAAGGUCGGAGAAGCUAUCCCCAAUAGACUCUAUAUCAUGAUUGAUGCACUCGAUGAGUGUCAUGACAGACAAGAGUAUGAUCUUCUUCAAGAGCUGGAAGAACUGGUGAAAAAUCAAACAGAUGGAAUCAGGGUGAUUAUCUCGGCCAGAGAUAGCAUUGAUAUUGUUAACGAGCUUUUGGGGCCAAAGAACGGACGGAGCAGCACAGGGGAUGCAAUAGACUCCCUCCCAACUUAUAUAAAAGUGAUAGAAAUCACAUCAGAAAAGAACUCCCGCGACUUGGAAGACUACCUCAAACAUGACGUGAGCUUUUUGUUAAGACGAAGAAUUGACCCGCAGCUGAAAGACUACUUUGAUUUGGAGCUAUCCAGAAUCGUAAAAAUCAUAAAGGGAAAAGCGAAAGGUGAUUUUACAUUAGCUAGAAUGAUUAUUGCUAAUUUACAACAGCCGUCGAAGGAAUCUUUGGAAAAGAAAGUUCAAAGGCUGCCAGCAGCAAUUGGGGCGAUAUACAUGUCAAGUAUAGAAGCUCUUAGCCCCGACGAACAAGAAUUUAUCGUUUCAGCCCUCAAAUGGGUAGUCUGGAGUGUUUCAGGAAUAACGGUCAUCGAGAUAUCUGACCAUUACAGGGAGCUCUACCAGCGGAACACAGACACAGAUUUGAGUCAUUACGGCAAAACCGAACAAGUCGACCAAAACCCGAUAUUCUCUAAAAUCAGGCAACUUAUCAAGAAGAACCCAUACCAGGAUCCAGAGAUCAAAGACAUCAUUUAUCACUUAGAGAACGCUGGUCGGGACUUUUUCAAAUUCGAUCGUAACACAGGCAUAGUUGGCGUCGAUAUUUCGAUCCGGGAGUGGAUACAGGAAGAUACCAAAUUAUCGAAGGCAGUUUCGGCAACCCAAGAGGCCCGUGGCUUCAACCGAUACCGAGAAGGAGGGAACACUGUUUUCAAAUUCACACUUACUCUGCGGGCUUUAAAUAACGAAUCCUUCCAAAAUGAGCAUAUGCAUCGGCCGAAUUUUCUUGAAUAUGCACGUGAUAUCGCGGAAGGGGAAACCCAACUCGAUACUCAACUUGAGUACUUCAAGCAGCUACGAAACUGGCGAGGCCAUGAUGACUUCGAAAGUAUAAUGUUAUGGCUUGGGGGAGAGUCUUAUGGAGCUGAAGAUGAAACAUCUAAGCCAGCUGAAGGAACAGCCUACGAAAUACCGGAUACACAAUCGGAAAAUCUUGAGGGGAUGAACGACGACACUCCUAGGCCUAGAAGAUAUGAAAUUGAUCACUGGCAUGACCAUAUUCGGAGCUUACAAGCAUGGUGGAGUGAUGAGAGUAUCGAAGAUAGCUGGUGGUCCGAUUUACUGACCGAACUCCUGAUAUUUACUCGGCCAGAAAAUUGGUGCCGCUGGAGGGCAGCUGUGUCUGAGGAUUCUCCGCUAAACCUGAUCUUUGAACACCCAAUUCACACCGCUUGCAGAUUAGGGCUACACCUUCUGGUAGAUCUUUUGCUGAAUGAUUCUAGCAUAAAGACCAAGACUGAAGAAACCCAUCCCCGACAGGCUUCAACCGUAGAGGCUUUGAAGGCACUAAAGGUCUUAUCCUUCAGCCUUCGAGAUGAAGAUUUCUCGAUGGCGAGUCUGGCAUUUAUAGGUGCGAUGGAUAACGAACAGUUGGUUGAUUUUCUGAGCUUGGAAUUCGUUAUGGAUCGUUUGGUCUGGAAACAGAGAAUGUUCAAUCUCGAAAAAGUAAUUGCUGCUCUCGACCCAGAGCUCCGUGUAACUUGGCUGGCUUAUCAAAAAUGCAACAUACCGUCUAUAGCAGCUGAUAAAUUCGAAUUUUUACAAAGACUUGCUUCUCGAACUGGACGCUUGGGGCCAUGGCAUCCUGGGUUGGUGGAGGAUAUCAACCACUUUCUGGAAGGGCUCAGCUACGACAAAGUGCGCGCGGCGGAUAAGCUUCGACUUUUGAUUGCGACGAAACCGCGGUUGAAUCCUAACCUAGAGCGAUAUUGCGAUAUAAGCAGCCCCAGCUUUGCGACACCUUUGUUUAUGUCGGCUUUUUAUCCGGAGACAACUAGAUGCCUUAUCAAACACGGAGCGAAUGUCAACCCCCAAGUCCUGGAAUCUGACGCAUUUCAUAGAGCUAGAUAUUUCUUUGAUAGCGAACUGGACGAUGCAUACGAGGACGAUCUCACUAUUCCAAAUUCAGUUUGGUCGUUUAAGCCGACGAUGCCGCCUCUACUUGCGAUACUGCAAAGCCUCAGUGAACUAAAUGAUCCCUCAGAGGAAAUUCUACAAAGAUAUCUUGAAUCUGCCAAGAUCCUUAUCGCAGAAGGGGCCCGUCUCGAUGUUGAAGGUGAAGGAGGAUCGACAGUCCUCCAUCUUGCUGCACGAAUCCGAAACCUCAAACUUUUCAAACUACUCUGUGUUUCGUGGGAGUGGGAUGUCCACAAAGGAGACAAUUUUGGGUGGACCCCUUUGCACUACCUCUUCAAAGAUACACCGCCAAAUGAACCAAGCCGAAUCAAAGAAACUCUGGGAAUAUGCGAGGUAAUAUUGAAGAUGAAAGGCCAGGGGAGGCUCGUCGUUGAUCUUGUCGAUGCCGAAGACAACAAUAGUGAAACCCCUUUGGCCUUUGCAGUAAAAGCACGAUUUAAAGAAGCUGUUUAUGCAUUGAUAGAGCUAGGGGCGAAUGUCCACGAUGAAGACUGCGUUGGUGGAAACUGUUUCGACCAUUUAGCCUUUGAAAGCGAUGGAACCGACCCAGAAACUGAGGUCGCUAUUGCUAACACAUUAUUUGAGGCCGGCGUGGACUCUACAAAACGCACAAAGGGCCGAUAUCCUCUCACAUACGCAAUAAUCAAACGAAAGACCCAUCUUAUAGAAGUAUUCCUCCCGAAAUAUAGCGAGAAGGGGAAACAGUGCCCUGACAACAAUCCUCUUUUGGGUCGUGAUGGAUACUCCUGGGAAACAUGGGCUCACUUGCUGAUAGAGGGGGAUCACAACUGGGAUCGUGGCCUGACUGUACAAAGUGGCCACCCUGAUCCUGAGACCUCGAUGCGUUUGCUCAAGCAACUGAUGACACUUGUCUCGGAGCAUACAGAUGUCACAGAUUAUUUCGGAAGAACGGAUUGUAGGAAUUGGAAUGCCCUUCGUCGGGUCAUUCGCUUUUAUGAUUUCGAGUUUACGAAAUUUAUCACAGCGAUUAACCCAGAUAUUAAGCCUAGAGAUCCCAAUGGGCUUAACGUUUUGGACUACUGGUGCGAAAUGCUUUCUAAAGACUUUGCUAAAGACGAAAUAGAUGAAGAGGAGCUAGAAACGCUAGAAAGGGGGAAAGAGAUCCUGUAUCACCUUAUCGAGGUGAACAUGCAGGAGCCCCCUCCACUCUCAUUUUUGGAGACAUCCAUGUUCAAAUCAAAACGUCCUAUGAAGGUAGAAAAUAUGUUUGAUCUAAAGAGAAUCUUUGACAGAUUUCGCCAUCCAUACAGAGACGAACACGGAUGGACGAUAUACGACGUGCUCUUAUGCAACGGUAGAAGCGAUCUUAUUCAAUAUCUGCCAGCAGAAUCCUGCCCAUCAGAGCCUGGUGAAUUCUUGAAGCCUUCUAAACUAGGCCAUAACCGCACUCAAUCACUCACCUUAUCAGAAGAUGGCCUUGAAUUUUUCGCGUCAGCGAGUAUGGGUUGGUGGAACUACGAGCGCUUGCGCGCAACUGUGUUAUCCGAUAAUCCUGUGCCUCCGAUCGAUAAGAUGUUCUACUUUGAAGUUCAAAUCCCGAAAGUUGCACCGGGGUGGUGGAAGCACUGGAAUGGGCCCAUUCAAUGGGAGAUCGGUUUCCAAACCCUAUUCCCCAAGAAAAAAAUCACCUACGAUACGAACGGUUCGGUCUCCAAAGGCUGGAAGGUUACGAAAUGGCCAUUCAAACCUAAUAGGCAAGAGGUAGAUCCGGAAGCGGAAAUUGAAUCCACCUACUGUCUUCUGUUACACCCACCAAAAGUCAUCGGAAGUGGUAUCAAUCCGAUUACGGGCACUGUCUUUUUUACAGUCGACGGUAUUGUGCUGCCGGCGACUUUCCAAGUAUCUCAUCAACGAUACUUCCCAUCCUGGACCUUUGACUAUGCCCCGCAAAGGGGGCGUGUAAAUUUUGGGGGAGAUCCUUUUAUUUUCACGAAAGCGAAUGAUCCAGCGUGGUUGUUGGAUGGAAGUGUAGAUAUUGAUAAUAUCUCCCCUAGUCUAAAAUUCACCAAUGACGAGAUGGAUGAAGACGAUAUUUUGAGAUUUGACUCUAGUCUUGAUUUUCGUCAGCCGGAUGAGUAUAACGGGGAGGAUUUUUGA